GCACUCAGUUUGUCAGCAGAGCAGCUUUCCGUUUUGAUAAUUUAGAACUGUAGCUUUGUCUCUGAAAAAGACAUGCUUGAUAAGCUAGUUCAGUUUUAAGAUGUUUUACUUAGAAGAUGAAAGUACAGAUGAGGAGAAGGUUCAUGAAGGCCUAUUAAAUGAAACUGAAGGUGUUUACCAUGGAAAAGCCCCUGCUGGCAUCCUGUUUCAAACCAUGAAUUAUGUGGGACAGCUGGCUGGGCAGGUGAUUGUGACUGUGAAAGAACUCUACAAGGGCAUUAACCAAGCCACUUUGUCUGGGUGCAUCGAUGUCAUUGUGGUGCGACAGCAGGAUGGCACCUAUCAGUGUUCACCUUUUCAUGUCCGAUUUGGGAAGCUGGGAGUCCUGAGAUCCAAAGAGAAAGUGAUUGAUAUAGAAAUCAAUGGCGAUGCAGUGGAUCUUCACAUGAAAUUGGGUGACAAUGGGGAAGCUUUCUUUGUGGAGGAGACUGAAGAGGAAUAUGAAAAGCUUCCUGCCUACCUUGCCACCUCACCAAUUCCUACUGAAGAUCAGUUCUUCAAAGAUAUCGAUACUCCUUUGGUGAAAUCUGGUGGAAAUGAAAGACCAUCUCAGAGUUCAGACAUCUCCCACAUCUUGGAAACGGAAACAGUUUUCCCUUCAAGUUCUGUGAAAAAGAAAAAACGAAGGAGAAAGAAAUGCAAGCAGGACAGUAAGAGGGAAGACCAGACUGCUUCCCCUCCCGCAGAAGGUGCCGUGGGUGUGGAAAUGAGCUCUGACGAGGACAAGGGAGCCCAGUCAGCAAGAGGAUUUUCAAAUGCUUCCUUAAAGGAAGAUGAAUAUAAGGAGCCUUUGCUCUUCCAUUCUGGGGACCAUUACCCCUUAUCCGAUGGAGACUGGUCCCCUUUAGACAACCCCUAUUCCCCAACAGCAGUGUGUCCUAAGAGCGAUUCAGAGCUGGAGGUGAAACCUGCUGAGAGCCUGCUCAGAUCUGAGUCCCACAUGGAGUGGACGUGGGGAGGGUUCCCAGAGUCCACCAAGGUCACCAAAAGAGAGAGAUCUGAUCAUCAUCCUAGGACAGCUACAAUUACGCCAUCAGAAAAUACCCACUUUCGGGUAAUUCCCAGUGAGGACAACCUCAUAAGUGAAGUUGAAAAAGAUAUUUCCAUGGAAGAAACAGUCUGUACCAUAGUGAAACCCAAACCCAGAACCCCGUGUAAGCAGCUGAGCAGUGCCACUUCUGCUGCAGAACUUCUUGAACCUUCCCUGGGGCCUCCUCAGAUUUCAUCUAUGUUAGAUGCAGACCACCUUCCUAACCCGUCGUUAGUGGAGGCUACCUCAGAAUCCAAACCUGCAGCUAAAGUAGACUCACCAUCAAAGAAGAAAGGAGUCCAUAAGAGAAGCCAACACCAAGGACCUGAUGAUAUUUACCUAGAUGACUUAAAAGCUCUAGAACCUGAAGUUGCAGCCCUCUAUUUCCCUAAAAGUGAAUCGGACCCUGGCUCCCGGCAGUGGCCUGAAUCUGACACGCUCUCUGGCUCCCAGUCCCCACAGUCCGUGGGAAGUGCGGCUGCAGAUAGCGGCACCGAAUGCCUCUCGGAUUCUGCCAUGGACUUGCCCGAUGUCACCCUCUCUCUUUGUGGGGGUCUCAGUGAGAACGGAGAAAUUUCCAAAGAAAAAUUUAUGGAGCAUAUCAUUACUUAUCAUGAAUUUGCAGAAAACCCUGGACUUAUAGACAAUCCUAACCUUGUAAUACGGAUAUAUAACCGUUACUAUAACUGGGCUUUGGCUGCUCCCAUGAUCCUUAGCUUGCAAGUAUUCCAGAAGAGUCUGCCGAAGGCCACAGUCGAGUCCUGGGUCAAAGAUAAGAUGCCAAAGAAAUCUGGUCGCUGGUGGUUUUGGCGUAAGAGAGAGAGCAUGACCAAACAGCUUCCAGAGGCCAAGGAAGGAAAAUCCGAGGCACCGCCAACCAGUGACCUGUCAUCGAGCACAAAGGAGCCAGCCAGUGGCAGGUCGGCUGAAGAUGACUCCUCCAGUGAUGAAGGGUCACAGGAGCUUGAAGAAUCCAUCAAAGUGGACCCUGUUCCCACAGAGCCCCCAAGCCACAGCAGCACAACCUCCUAUAAGAAGUCUCUUCGGCUCUCUUCAGACCAGAUUGCAAAACUGAAGCUCCAAGAUGGUCCAAAUGAUGUUGUGUUUAGUAUUACAACCCAGUAUCAAGGUACCUGCCGCUGUGCAGGGACCAUUUACCUGUGGAAUUGGAAUGACAAGAUCAUCAUCUCUGAUAUUGAUGGAACAAUAACCAAGUCUGAUGCUUUGGGACAGAUUCUUCCACAACUGGGUAAAGACUGGACUCACCAGGGUAUAGCAAAGCUCUACCAUUCCAUCAAUGAGAAUGGCUACAAGUUUCUGUACUGCUCUGCCCGUGCCAUCGGCAUGGCCGACAUGACCCGUGGCUACCUGCACUGGGUCAAUGACAAGGGCACAAUCUUACCUCGGGGUCCUCUGAUGCUAUCCCCUAGCAGCUUGUUCUCUGCCUUCCACAGGGAAGUGAUAGAGAAGAAACCAGAAAAGUUCAAAAUAGAGUGUCUAAAUGACAUUAAGAAUCUGUUUGCCCCAUCUAAGCAGCCCUUCUAUGCUGCCUUUGGAAACCGUCCAAAUGAUGUUUAUGCCUACACGCAAGUUGGAGUUCCAGACUGCAGAAUAUUCACCGUGAACCCCAAGGGUGAAUUAAUACAAGAAAGGACCAAAGGAAACAAGUCAUCGUAUCACAGACUGAGCGAACUUGUGGAACAUGUGUUCCCACUUCUCAAUAAGGAACAGAAUUCUGCCUUUCCAUGCCCAGAGUUCAGCUCCUUCUGCUACUGGCGAGAUCCGAUCCCUGAAGUGGACCUGGACGACCUGGCGUGAAAUGGCACCUCCAGGGGCGGCCCUCCGUCACUCGCCUCACAGCAAGGGAAGGUGACCAGCACUUCUGCUGGACAGAGGACACUGGGCUACCCUCUGAGCCACAGGGCAGAACAGGACUCAUGCUGACAGCCAGGCACUGGCAGGCACAGGGAGAGCUCCUGAAGCUGGAACGGCUGUCCUCCCUCCCUUUCCCAGGCCUGGCAGGGCUGGGGCUCAGCGCCCUGGGCAAGCUGGCAGGGGAGGACUCGGACCUGACAUCGGAGGCCUGGGCUGCUAUCACUGGUUGUCCUCAUACACGCGCUGUGUCAAGUGUGUGCUGGUGCUUCUUUAACUGAAUAAUUUAAAAAGAAGAAGAAAGAAGCUAAAUAAGAGUGGACCAAAACAUGUAUAAAGUAAAGUGUUGUUAUUUCCGCUGGGCGGUUGAGAGUGUUUCCCUCUAAAACCAGGGCUUUCUUUUAGGGGUCAGGGUCCACUGUGCUGCUGGAGGUCCAGCUAGAGAUGUCGCUUCAAACCGCCUAUGCACAUUUCCUCUGUGGGCGCCUGCUUCCCUCCUGCGGCGAGACAAGGCGCUUGCUCGGCAGGCUGCUCUGGACAGGGGCCCAGGCCACCAUCCCAGCCCCCCAGAUGUGGGUUUCUGGGGAAGGAACAUCCCUUAGAUCACGACCUUCUCAGUUGUGGACAUAGCCAGGACAGACAGGUCUUGCUCCGUCUGCUUGGUGCUGUAGGAAGAGUAUACCUAACAGCAGUAAGGGAUUCAACAAGUAACCCAUCUGUUUUCACAGAGGCCUUAGAAAUGCAAAUACGCACUUGUGUAGGUCCGGAAGAGUCCUUUUCUCUACCCAUCUGCCUGCAGCUCAGUUUCCCCGCCUGGUUGUAAAGAUCCUGUCAGUCUCAGGACUGCACAGAGGAGGUUCUGCCCCAUCGGCCCCUCCAGAACUGAGAGCCUGUGUCAGCAGUCACCUCAGUGUUCGAAGCCAGAGAACUUGGAGAGGAGGCUUCUAUACACACACAGGCCCGGGCUGGGAGGGAAGUGGUGAGCCGAGUUCCAGAGCAGCGAGGGAAGCUGCAGAUCCAGGCGCCCGCUGGGGGUGGUUUCCCGUCCCCCCGGCCUGCCUUGCACUUGUACUGCAGUGCUCUCCCCGUUUUAGUGGGGCCCACCCAAGUGAUACUGAUCUAGAGAUGGAGAAAUGGGAGUGGUUAUUUUUCCAGAUUGGAGAGUCAAAGUCCCUUGAGUUCAGCCGUUUCUCCCAGCGCUGUUGGAUGUGGCAAUAAUGGUAGAGUCCCCUGAACGCAGUUCUCUACUGAGAACCUGGAGGCACGUGUUCCCAGAGGAGGUAUGACACCUGCUUCUUCCAGUGCAAACCUGCCCACCUUCAGUAGUGCAAGGACUAGUUGUUCAAUGAGUUUAUUUAUGUACAGUAGUUAGGCAAACUAGGUUAUGUUUAUAUGAAAUUCUGCCCAGUUAGUGAAUCAAAAUCCUGGCAGAGCAGCGGUGCCGCUGUUGAUCUCAUAGACGCCACAGCGGGUCUCCCCGUUUGCUUUAGAGGAAGAAUGUGAGCUUUAGUAGGGCUUCUCUGCACAUGCGUGGUACGGAAAAUCUUUUAUACCUUCGGUAGUGCUUUUCAGGUUGUCCUUUAAAGAGUUUAUGAUUAGACAGUUUUUCCUUGAUAAGCACCUCCCUCUGGACACACAGGCUUUGUGCUGAGGGUGGCUGACCAUUCUGUCCCCAGUGUCCAAAAGCACUAGACUUUGUCGUUUUGUUGCUGCAGAUUGAUCCAGUGGGUACAUUUGCUAAUUAACAUGAGUCUUUUUCCUUAUUUAAAAGGAGUCCCUCUUGCUGAAAGUAGAUGAUUACGAUCACUAUAGUGUUCUGAAAGUAUUAAGUUUGUGCUGAAACCCAUUGCCAUUUGGUACAAAUGAUAUUUGUUCUUUCUGUGAAAGAGCGUUACCCUCGAGUGUGUUUGUACACAGACCCUUAUGACGGUGAGUUACUGAAGACGCAUAAGCCUCGCGCUGCUUUCGGUGAUGUGUCACAGGGUGAUUGCGAGCGGAUCGGCCUUUUCGAAGUCAUUCUCUCGGUUGUUCCACUGGUGAAAUAGCCUUCGCCCAUGUCCCUCUCUCCAGCCUGACUCAAGUAUUUGCCUUGAUGCUCACGUGCUGAAGAAGUUGGUCUCGCUGUGGUGGUGACAUCUGUGUCUCUAGUAGGCGUUAGGAAGUGCACUCGAGGGUCCGGCACGUGCACACUUAGCCCCCGUGUGAGGACGGUGUUUGCUGUGCUUAAAACCAUCUGCAUAGUUUUCAACUGGAAAAAGAGAAAACUUGCCAGUGUGAUGUGAAAGGAAAGCUGCUGCUAAUCACGGGAGAGCAGCCGGGGAACAAUAGCUACGUGACUGGAAGUGCCUGUGCCCCGUCGGGACUGUGUGUGGCCCUUCCCGACCUCGGUCUUGAAGGUGCGAGCAAGACCUUUUCAAAACAGGUAGAAAGUAAAUGCUUUCUAGUAAAUGCUAGUUGGUGAAGACAAACUCUUCCAGGAAAUUUUAUCAUCUUUUUAAGGAUCAUAGUUACUGUGGGAAGCCUUGUUUUCCUCUGCUUUAGAACAUGCUGUAUUUAAUGAAAAUGGUUAAAAAUGGAGUUUUUGUUUAAAGUAAGUGCUCUUUCCAGGUGAAAACUACUUUUUUUGGUUUGUUUUGAAGGUAAGAAAGGGGGGGCAACUUUGUUUCAAUUUAAUAAUUACAUUCAGUCUAUGAUGAAGUAUUUGAUUAUUAGCAAUGCCACUAAUAAGUUUUAAGUUGUCAGAAAUUACUUGUAAACAUCAGUACAGUAUCUCAGUCCUGGCAAAGACAGUUAUCCUAAGAUUCAUGGCUCAUAUUUUGGUGCAGUGUUUGAUGUUCAAAACAAAAUGUUACAACAAUAAACAAAUGUAAACUGAA